UUUUAACAAAACCUUUGCUCAGCACUUUGGUCGGACCUUUGAAUUUGUGCAUUAUGGCUUCUUCUCUAUGUCUGAGGUUUUGAAUGCAGCCUCUGAUAUUAUCACAGUUGUGCAGACAAGAGCAGGCUCCUUGUUGACUCUAAAACAGAGCACCUCACUUAACAAACAACUGGAAAAGCUACCAGAGACCAAAGAGGAGAUUCUACUGAAUGUUGUGAAGCAGACUCUGCCACCUACAGGACCAGGUCCUGCAGCAGAUACACAUUCUCCAGCACCUCCCCUGCCUACACAGAACCAAAACCAGGCUCCAAGCCAGGAGUCCAACACUUUGGUAGAACAGUCAAAACCAGAGGAAAACCCAGUGAGGAAACCCGAUAAGAUGAAGCAGCUACAGAAACAAAUGAAAAUGGCACUUGCCCAGAGAGGACUUGGAGGAACUGUCAGCCCAGAACUCAAAGAAAAAAUCAAAACAAUUGCAGCACAGUACCCGGAAGGCUUGUUUGUUUCCAGGUUACCUAGUGAAUUUGAAGCACAUUUUAAAGAAACGCUGCCAGUCAGAGAUUUGGGUUUCUUAACUCUGAUGGAACUUGUUGGCGCCCUCAGCGAUGUUCUCCAUAUUGAGUGCAAAGAAGGGGAACAGGAUUGGCGCAUCUUUGACAUUGACUCACAGUGCUUAGCAGAUGAUGAAGAGACUAAUCAGAAUACCUCCCUGUCUCGUUCAUUGGCUCAUGAGAAGACUUCCGAUAAGGAUGAGCUGCCUUGUUGGGAUUUUCCUUCGGAGGAUUCAAAGAAUCUGGAAGCUAAGUUUACUGUAGUAACAAAGAUGGAGACACGGUACCUGGGUCUGGAAGAACCUCGCAUAAUGCAGGAGAUAAUGAAAGAAGAGAUCCCACCGGAUGCUGUCCAGGACAGGAGCCUCUAUCGCCUUCCCCUGCUGGACAGUGCUGCUUUGGUGGCGCUGUCUGUGGAGUAUGUGGUCUCUCCUUCUCAGUUCUAUGUUCAAAUCUAUGGUGCCGAAACGUCUGAGAAGCUGGAAGAUACGAUGAUUGAAAUGAGACGAUGCUAUGGUAGUAAAAAUGUAGCUGACCGUUAUAUCAUACCCGAGGCCUCAGUCAAGCCUGGCCACCUUUGUUGUGUAAGGAACUCAGAAGACAAGUGGUGGUACCGAGGUAUCAUCCAUCGUGUCCUCAGCAACAAGCAAGUGGAAGUGUUUUACGUAGACUUUGGAAACAUGGAGAUAGUGCCGAAAUCUUAUCUGAGGCUUCUCAAGGACUGCUAUGCAAACCUUCCUGCCCAGGCUAUUCCUUGUUCCUUAGCCCAGAUGAAGCCUGCAAUGGGGGAUUGGACUUCUGGCGCCAUACUCGAAUUCCAAAGGCUGUGUGGGCUGAAGCUGCUGGUAGGAGUGGUGGAUGAGUACAUAGAUGGUGUCCUUUAUCUUUUCCUUUGUGACACCAGCUCUGAAGAAGAUGUCUAUUUUCACAAUGUACUGAGAAUAGAAGGCCACGCAGUCAUCAGUAGCGAGAACAUUCCUUCCAAGGGUUUCAGAGAGUUGAAUCCUUCCACUUCAUAUCUGAAGCCCAACCCCAAGGAACAGCCCAGUCCUGAGGAACAGGUUGGUUUGGAAAAGGCAGAUGCUUCCUUGUUUCAGCAAGAAUUGCUUCAGGAUCUCCCAAGAACAGCACAUUCAGAACCUUGCAAAGAUGAAGAGGGUUUCUCAACCCUUCUAAACUCCUCAUUAUUGAAGACCUCAAAUUCUGCAGAUACAUCCAGCCUGAACUCUGUCCCCGAGAUGCCAUACCUGGAGCCUGUCUAUUUAUGCCCAGAAAUCUGGGAUGAGGACUGGAAACCUCUCCUAUGUGUUGAAGAAGAAAAAAAAGACGAUUCUCGUGAUAAUUUGUGCUCUAGCGUUGCAGAAUUUUGCAGCCAGGCUCGGAGUGACAAAGGGAGCAAUAAUGAGGCCCCGCGUAGCCAAGAACCGGAACAACAGACAACUGCCUCUCUUGGAAGUUCAACUGAUUCCUUGUCACGGAUGCCGGAAGAGUUCUACAUUGCCAUUGUUCAUUCCCAGCAGUCAGCAGACCCAAAUCAGAUUACUCUGGAUGCAAGCAGAUUGCUUUCUGGCAAGUUCCAUCCUCUUCCAGAAUUGCCUGCCUUUCCUGUGGACAAAUGCAAUGAAGAAGCGCCUUCCCAGAAGAAAGUGGAAGAUGCCUCCAGCACUCAAAUUAUUGCCUUGCCCUCUCCCUGCCACUGUUCUGUCCCGAGAGUGAUGUGUCACAGCACCUUGGUGUUCACUGCUGGGCUUCAGAGCUCCCCCAGGUUUCAUAUCCCUUACAGCCCUUCUGCAGCUUUGGGGGCCUCUGCACGCUUAGCCGUAUCUGGAGGGUAUUUCUCCCUCAGCCAGAGGCAGGUGAAUCGAUAGAAACCAAAGAGAAGCGACAUGCUUUUCAGAGCAUUUCAGUGGCUUUGAUAGAGAUGGUGGUCAAAAAUCCUGUGUCCUUGGAAGCUGUGAGAAUUUGACUUCAUAAUAAUGUAGAAUCCAGUUCCUCCAUGGACCAAGUGUUGUGCUGAAUGUUUGCUUUUUUUUCCCAUGUGUUUUUUUUCC